AUGCGUUGGGCUGAGUUGUUGGGUUGGAGGAUUGGAGGAGGCAUGUUGGGAGAAUUUGUUGGGUUAGAUCACCAGAUUAUAUUUGGAGCUAUGCUACCUCCAUCACGUGGUUUCAAGGUAUGCACGAAGAGUGGAUGUUCAGACAUGCAACAAAAGUUGAAGUAG